AUGUCUGAGCAGGCAGUCUCAUACUCGCCGGAGGAAGCAGCCCAACCCGAAGGGACGGCCACAUCGUCCUCAUCUCUCUCGGAAUCAACGACAUCUGCUGAGACUUCUUCCUCUACGUCUCCAUCCUUCCCGGCUGCUGUGACAUCAGGCCAUUCCUUUUCAUCUUCAGCUACUACCCCUUCGAUCGAGUCUCCUACCCAUGCUACCCCCUCAUCGCAAAUCGGCGCUCCAUCUUUGGCCUCGCUCGAAUCUUCCACGUUGCACGAGGCGCCUCACGAUGCAUCCCUUCUGCAUCUCAGCACCCAUUCGAGUUCCCAUCAGCCGCCAAGCGUCGUGGACAGCAACACCGCCUCCGUCCUUCACUUGAAUUACCCAGCCCCUGCGGCAUCGACCUCGGUCACAUCCACAACACCGCCAACCACCGGCGGCUACACGGAUGGCGAGGGGCAGCAAUCGCUGAGUCCGCAUCAUCAGCACCAGCAACAGCUGCAAGAUCAACAGCUGCAAGAUCAGCAGCUCCACAACUUGCAGGACCUGGCCUACGACCCCCAUCUUCUGGACUUCAACUCACAUCACACGUUCCACUCCCAUCCACACGCCCAGUCAACGUCGGCCGACGUGCUGUCGCUCGACCACCAGCUCCACCAUCACCAGCAUCAGCACCAACAUCACCACCACCAUCAGCAACACCAACACCAACAGCAUCAGCAUCAACAGCACCAGCAGCAUCAUCACCACCUUCAUCAGCAGCAUCAGCUCGACUCUUCGGGCCACCACCACGCGGCUCUGGCGUCGGCCAUCGCCGCCGCCACAUCGGGCUCCCUGACCGGCGAUAGCCUUGCCGGCCUCGCCGCGCACUUCCAAGCCGGGAGCCACCAGCACGCGCUCCCGUCGCUCCCGCCGCCGCUCCCCACCUUCGCGCCGAUGCCCCACCACCACCACGACGGCAGCCUGCCCGCCGUCAUAGUCGACAGCAAUUCGAUGGCCAGCAGCCACAGCGGCGGCGGCGACAACUCGGGUUCCGGGGCGUACGCGCACCUCCAGCCGCAGCAGCGGCAGCAGCAGCAGCACACGCAGGUCCAACUGCCGCCCGCGGCCCCGCUGUACUGCCUGUGCCAGCAGCCCUACGACGGGAGCUGCUUCAUGCUGGCGUGCGACCACUGCAACAAGUGGUUCCACGGCAAGUGCGUGGGCAUCACCGAGGAGAGCGCCAGGCGGGGCGAGCACAGCACCUACGUCUGCCCGUCGUGCGUCAGGUCCGGAGGCGUCGGCAGCCACGACCACGGCGGCGGCGGCGGCGGCGAAAUGGACAUCGCAGAGGGCCACGUGGGCGAAAGCGGGGCGCCGCCGGCCACGAGCACCACGGACUCGACCACAACCACCACCAGCACCACCACUACGGGCAGCAGCAGCACCACCAGCAGCACAGGCGAGAAGCGAGCGCGAGAGCACGGCGGCGGUGGCGACGACGGCGGCGACGAAGAGGCCGGCCUCGGAAGCGGAGAGGUGAUGGUGAUACGCGACGAGGGAAUGGCCGGCAGCAUCGGCGGGAUCGAUGGAGGCGACGGCGGCGAGCCGACCAAGAAGCGGCGCAAGACGCAGAUGCACCAGCGCGGCGAGCGGCUGUGUCGGUUCCCCGGGUGCGACAAGAAGAUCACGUGCCGGUCGUACUGCCCGCGGCACCAGAAGCAGAAGGAGCGGUGCAGCAAGCGCGGCACGCUCUUCUCCACGUCGAGCUCGCCGCGGCGCAAGAGCGUGCUGAUCGGGCGGCCGUCGAAGAUCUUCUCGCAGACGCGCAACCAGCGGCAGAAGCUGAAGCGGUUCGACGAGAAGAUCAACGAGUUUGCCGGCGGGGAGCAGGAGGGCACGGCCAUGCUCGAGAAGUACCUCAACUCGUCCUACGGCCAGAAGCGGCUGCCGUCGACCAAGGGCGACAAGAUGGCCCAGCACAUCGGCCAGAACGCCAUCCAGCUCAUCAACCAGCUCCCGCCCACCUCGCCCCUCCGCAAGCCCCUCAUCAAAGCCCUCGGCCUGGGUCUGUCGCAGAGCGAGAUCGCGGACACGUUCCACGUGUCGCGGAAGACGGUGGAGCGGAGCUUUGCGCUGCCGUCGGAGGAGAACCUGCUGUUCUCGCUGGUGUCGCGGCCGCGCGGGAUGAAGGCCAAGUCGUCGGCCGAUGUCCCGACACUCGACGCGCCCCUGCAGGUCCAGCUCCAGCAGGCCGGCCUCUACCCGCCUCCGCCGUCCGGCCAGUCCGAGCAUCUCGAGAUGGACCUCGGCCACAGCCUGCCGCCGUCGUUCACAGUAGAGGAGAACGGCCACAUCUCUGUCUCGGUGACGACGCGGCGCUCAGCGGAAGAAGAAGAUGACGACAACGACAACGAAACGAGGAUGAAGCGAUGGUGGGCCACGGUGGACCGGCGAGCGGCCCGGGGCAACGUCGUCCCGGUGGCAUCAAUGAUGGACGAAGUGGACACCACGCCCCUUGUCUUUCAGGGCAUCACAGGCGAAUGA